AGUGACGUUGUUGGUUGUUCUAGUUACUCUGUUCAAUCAAGAAUGCGAUUGUUGUGCAUUAUUUCUUUUUGCUUGCAUCUUUUUCAAAUUUGUAUUUCUAUUGAAUUCUACUGAAAUUCAGACAUUUUUUUCUUAAAUUUGAAGUAUAUGGGAUUUCUAAUGUAAAAAAUGUUAUUCAGUUAAAAGAAAAUAUAAUAACAAAAUGAGUAAUAACUUAGAAAAUGAUAGAACAGUCACAACGGGCAAAAUGUAUCCCAUUGAUUUGGCCCCGCAAAAAAUAACUAUUGUGAAAAGUGUAUCCAAUACCGAAGUCAAAAUGGCUCAUGUGAUACCUUGCCAGCCGAAGACAACAAACACUAAUCAAAUAAUUACGCACGCUGGGCAAGUAGGCUUGAUGCGUCCAACCGCUCAGAUCAUUUCUCCAAGCGUCGCUUCUCAGCAACAAAUGAUUGUAAGUGGGUCCCCUAUAUUACAAAGUACACAGAUAAUGUCUCAAGGACAAAGCAAUCAGAUUAUAUCUCAGUCACAAUUGAUCAGUUCUGGACAGAUAUUGAGUCCAGCAACCCAGAUAAUUAGUCAAGGGAGCCAGUUAUCAGCACAGCCAGCAAGCAACACUAAUGUGCAAACUUCUGGUGCACCACCAGUAAGUGCAGCACAAGUAUUAAAUGUGGGAGGGCAGCUGAUGAGUGGGCAAGGUAACCUGGUUGUCAGUCCAUCUGUGCGUACACUACCACCUGUAAGAGUAUUGCCACCGUUGCCUCAUCACAAUACUAGACCAGCUGUGUUGUCAAAUGUGAAUGUAAGUACUACAGGUGGUGGUGGUGUACUAGUUAGUAAAGGAGUGGGUGUGACAAGCCAUGUGCCCCAUGUCCCACGAGGCCUGGCUGCUGGUGCUUCGCUUGCUAUCAGACAAGUUGCACCAACCCCCGCUCCUCAGCCAUUGGCUACAGGUAAUAGUUGGUCAGGAGGUAAUCGUGGGCCACGGGGAGUACUAUACGGAGCGCGUGCACCUCCACCUCGCGUAAGCACGCCGCGCUCGUCCGCUCCCGUUUCCGCCCCCGCCUCCGCUCUCGCCCCAGCCUCUGCGUCUGCACCAGCACCUUUACCUGGGCCACCAACAAACUUUGCAGGCGCACCUACGAUACCAUUGUCCUCUGCUGCCCUGUCCACCACACAGCCAUCGCAUUCUGCUAUCGUAACAUUGGCGACUACAUCUGUGCUUACAUCCAGCGGAGUGAUAGCAGGCACCAUCCGCGGCGCGGCGCCGCGGGCCGCCACGCCUGCGCCGGCUGCCAGUGCUGUGGCCCCGACCACCGCCUCCGCUGCAAAUGUUGCUGUUACCCCACGACCUUUGCCACUGCUACAAAGGAACUACCAGUCGAAGGUGGUGGGUGUGGCCAGUGUAGGCGUACGUGGUGUGGUGGGCAACAGUGCGCCGGCGCAGCUGUACUACGAGGUGCCGCGCCCGCUGCCGCAGCGCCCUCUCACGCCUUUCCCGCUCCACCAAACGCACCAAUCCCACCAGACGCAUCAGCCGCAUCAAUUACACCAAUCGCACGCGCCUACUCCAGUUGGCAUAGUAAAUCCUGUAUCCUCAACUAUAUCUGAGAACAGACCGCCACCAACUUCCAUCACAUCUGUGCUUCCAAGACCGUCCAUACUGAGGAAACGAGAUAUAGAUGGUUCACCGACCAAGACAGGAAGUGGUCAUUUGCUUGCGUACGGCCGAGAAGGUACAGGCUGGGAGGACGUUCCAACAGGCAUGAGUAGCAGUGGAGCCAUUGCCGGUGUGGGAGCGGAAGCGGAAACGGGCGCGGGAGUGAUGGACGGCAACGGUUCGGGUGGUUCCACCACCAUCUCAGCAUCCUCGUCUCCUGCGCCCGACGACGAACCCGAUCCGCCACGUAUUGACAAUGACGUCUCUCCAAGAAAGAAGCCGAGGAAACAAAUGUUAAGCAGUGAAGUGAGACAGUGCGAAUUUCCGGCAGAAGAAACACCGCCCCCACCAUCUCCAUCCCCAGUGACCGUCAAUCCUCCGCCUAAACGGCCGCUGCUAAGCUCGAGCUAUGUGUGUGGCUGGCGCGGCACGGCGCUACACUUCGUGCGGCCGGCCGACGUGCGGCGCCGAGAGCCGCGCGCUUCCGACAUACUCGCCAUCGCCAGUCAGAAGCACGUUCUCACCAGCGCCGACGGCUGGAAGAUUCACCAUCUCACCGCGCAAAUGGACGACUUGGUUUCAUUGGAAGCUGACGUAGGUGAACAAUUAGCAGGCGUGUUACGAGCAGUGGAGACUGCUUCUGGACGGGCACUUACCGUGCUACGACCACAUUCACACACAUUAUUAGAAUUAUUGAAGGGUAAUAUACAAAGAAGUAAAAUAGUUUGCGAAGGCAUACAAGAAGCUCGUGAUGACAUCCUUAGAGUAUUUACACAUAGAAAUUUCGUGUCAGACAUUUUGACACGACAAGCCGACAAACGGUGCUUCAGAAAACACCGAUCGCAAUCGUAGCAAAAUGUUGAGAUAAAUAAAUUCUAUAUUGUGCUUGUAAAUAAUUUAUGUAAAUGUUAAAAUAAAAUAACAUUUAAGUUAAAGAUUGCCUUGAAUGACUUGCGUUUUGGUAACUUAGAGUAAUUAUUUUACUAUAAUAAAUGUUUUGUAAUAUU